AUGGGGUUCGAGGAGAUUUGGUUGAAGUGGAUUGAGGUAAUGGUUUUUUCAAGUCAUAUGUCGGUUAUGGUGAACGGUUCUCCAACUAAAGAAUUUUUGGUGGAAAAGGGAUUGAGGCAAGGAGACCCGUUUUCUCCUUUCCUUUUUAUGGUCGUAGCGGAAGGGUUGAAAAGAAUUAUUAACAAAGCGGUGGAGAACGGGAGUUAUGCGGGUUUCUCUAUUAAUAGGAGAUGUUUUAUAGAUGUUCUUCAAUUCGCGGACGACACGCUCAUGGUGGGGGAUGGUAGUUGGAAACACCUUUGGGCAAUCAAAGCGGUUUUAAGAGGUUUCGAAUUAAUUUCGGGGCUAGGCAUAAACUUCAAUAUGAGUAAACUCAUUGGCCUAAACAUUGAUUCGUGCUUUUUGGAAGUGGCUACGACAUUUUUGGCUUGUAGGAGAGAAGAUAAGAUCUUUAAAUUUCUUGGUGUAUACAUUGGGUGCAAUUCUAGAAGGAUCAUUUUGUGGGAGACAUUAAUGUCAAAUAUUAAGAAACGGUUGGCGAGUUGGAAGGGCCGUUUACUUAGUUUCGGAGGAAGGCUUACCCUAUUGAAGCCGGUUCUUGGUAGUUUGGCAAUAUUCACUCUUUCAUUCUACAAAGCUCUGAAGAAGGUGGUAGAGGAGAUCACCAAGUGGAAGUGGAGGAUAUUAGAAGAAGAGGGGUCUUUAUGGCAUGAGGUGUUGAAGGCGAGAUACGGAUCAGCAUCAUACAUCAAAGGGAAGGAAUUCACUUCGGUUUGGUGGACUGACAUUCUAGCUUUGGAUAAUCAAGUGGCCAAGGACUUUUUCAACCAUCAGUGCCGGAUGUAUCCAUUGCUUCGUUGGGGGGAUUGCGUAAUGGCGUUUGGUUGUGGGAAAUUUUGGAGUUUCGACCGAACACCUGAGUGUCGGUUCUGUAAUUGCAGAAAUGGCGCUGAUGCAACAUCAUAUCAGCUCAGCGUUGCCAGUCUGCCAAGGUUCAGACAAAGUAGAGUGGAUACAAAGUUUAGAUGGCAGAUUUACGGUAGCGGACUGUUUCAGAAGGAUAAAUAG